CAGUUACUCAGUUUCAACAACCAAAACAAUCCUAGCUGGCAACGCGCCGCGGCCGCCAUGGAGCCUGGAGAAGACUCGGGGGUGCUGGCCCUGCUGGCGCUUCGCUCUGCACCCUGCAGCCCAGUGCAGUCUGGGGGGCGCCCUGCACCCUGUGUGCUAGCCUCCUCGGGACAUGAAGCCCCCCCAGCCCUGGCCCGUCUGGAGGGGCGAGACUUUGAGUUCUUCAUGCGAACUUCUCAAGUGAUCAUCGGACGUGACUCCAGCCAGGGAUCGGUGGAUGUCAACAUGGGGCGCUCCAGCUUCAUCUCCCGCCGCCACCUCCAGAUCAACUUCGUGGAGCCGCACUUCUACCUGCGCUGCCUGGGCAAGAACGGGGUGUUUGUGGACGGGGCCUUCCAGCGACGAGGGGCGCCCCCUUUGCAGCUCUCCAGCCAGUGUACAUUCCGGUUCCCCAGCACUGUCAUAAAGAUAAAGUUUUGCGCUCUUUAUCAGGAAAAGGAGGUGAAACCUCCCAUGCCGCCUUCACCUAUAUAUCGUCACAUUUCACCCUUGAAAAUCCACAUACCGGAACCAGAUAUGAGAAGCUUUGCCAGUCCCUUACCCUCACCGACUGGAACCAUCAGUGUUCCCAAUUCCUGUCCUGCCAGUCCUCGAGGGGCAGGAUCUUCGGGUUUACAUUUCAUACAUAACAUAGCAUCAGAGCUCAAGCUGGUAGCAGAAUGUGCAAAAGCUGCAACUGACCAACAGACAGAAACAUCUGGAGGAGACAGUCCUAAGGAUGAAUCCAAACCCCCGUAUUCAUAUGCACAGCUCAUCGUUCAAGCAAUCUCCCGUGCAAAAGAUCGACAACUCACAUUGAGUGGAAUUUAUGCCCAUAUCACUAAGCAUUAUCCUUACUACCGGUCUGCUGAUAAAGGCUGGCAGAACUCUAUCCGUCACAAUCUAUCACUGAAUCGGUAUUUUAUAAAAGUACCACGUUCUCAGGAGGAGCCUGGAAAAGGUUCAUUUUGGAGAAUUGAUCCUACGUCUGAAGCCAAGCUAGUUGAACAGGCAUUUAGGAAACGCAGGCAGAGGGGAGUUUCCUCCUUUCGUACUCCUUUUGGUCCACUUUCUUCCAGGAGUGCACCGGCUUCCCCAACUUAUCCAGAUUCCUGUGGCCUGCAGACUCCUGAUAGCAUGUCUCGAGAAGGAUCCCCCGUUCCACAUGAUUUUGGUUUUAAGAUGGCCUCUGUUCCAGAGUAUCGAUACUCCCAGAGUGCACCAGGUUCCCCGGUGAGCUCUCAGCCAGUUAUCAUGACAAAGCCUGUACCCCAACCAAAUUUUGUGGCCAAACCUUUGGCCUACAUGCCUGCUUCCAUCAUGACCUCACAGCCAACAAGUCAUGCCAUCCAUGUGGUGCAGCAAGCACCUACCGUCACCAUGGUGCAGGUGCUGACCACACCUACCAACUCAGCAAAUGGAUACAUAAUUGCAAACCAGAGGCCACCUUGUACCAGAGAUGAAAUACGAGGAACAGUUAUGGAUGCCAGAGGCAUGAAGGAUGAGGUUAAUACUAUCACCUUCGCUACGAUUCCUACUCUUCCAACUGCCAGCAGAGUUAUUCAGACUGUAGCUAGUGCAUUGCCCCAGACUGUUCAGGGGCAGAAAGUUACCCUUCUACAGCCAACUGCCCCCGUCAGUAUAGCCCAGCACUCUCCAGUGGUGACAAAAGAGGUUGUGACAACUGCCAGUCUUCCUGGAAAUAUCUAUGCUCUUACCAACCCGCUGCAGCUCCUGGCUCAGGCAAGCACCUCGCUCCCUGUGGCUGUGUCCAGUGCUGUUGAUCGAGAGACCCAAAAAGAACCAGAGGCGAAGAGAGUCCGCCUGGAUGAGAGCUAUGUACCCCAAGGUGAAGUGAUCACAUCCGUGUCAACACAAGUAGAAGGGACCGGAUAAUGAGACAAGAAUGAUAUGUGUAAAGAUGAAUGUUCAGGUCUUGGUGCACUGGAGGCGAAAUCUCAGUAAUCAAGUGCCUUUCCCCAGAUGGAUAUGUAGAAAAUGCAUCACCCGCCACAACAUAAAGAUGAUCUGUAGCCGGAUGUAUUCAAAUAAGCUAUAUACAAAAUGGUGCAGCUUUUUCAAGACUCUUUUUAACACAGUACAAGAUAAUUUGGCACCUAGAUUAGUGUGCAGGAUCCAGAGUUCUUCAGGACGCUGCUUGUGAGAUCAUGUGAUUGCGAUUGUAGUGUAUAGGGUAAAGUUAGUCCUGGGAUAAAAAGUGUACAGGGUAUGUGUGGGCCUGGAGUGCUGGGUACAAGAUUGCAGGCAAUUUUGUGCAGAAUUACAUAGUCUAACAGGACUUAAAGAGGAUUGUAAGAGAGUACAGAGAGAAGUGGGUUAUUUCAGGUGAGCUUAACAGACCAUUUCAGCUGUGAAACACUGCCUGUCCCUCCACAUCUCAGCAUCAUAACUGAUGGCCGCUCAUUCGGGGAGGUUUCUCUUCCAUAGUUUCUAGGGCACUUUUUUAGAAUUUGAAUGGUUCCGCUAAUCUUGGAUACCUGUUUUAAAAUACAAAAAUAUAUUGCAGAUUUUUCUCUCUUCGCUGGCCACUUUUCAUUUUACGCAUUAUUUGUUAAUCUCAAUAGAUGGACAGGAAACUGCAGUGUUUGUAAGAUGGGUGGGAAAGAUCCUAUCUAUGGGAGCUGCUCAUGAAUGUAGUCGUAGGACUGAUGUUUUCUUGGAUUCUCUAUCACAUUAGCACUUUUAUGGACUUAAUAUGUGCCAAUGAAUCCUUACCACAGUUCUUUAAUGAUCUCAUUGUAAGGACCUGUUUUUUUUCUUGAUAGUGUAUUUAGACAGCCAGUGGACCCAUUGGUCCUCGGGCACCACGGACACAUUUGGUUAUGCCAGGUUAGAUAUACCGGGUGGGCCAUGAACAACAGAACUUUGUUUAACUUGUGUGGUUUGUA